AUUUGACAGAUAGUACAAAGGCAAUUUUGAGAUUUGUUUGUGUGUAAUAAAUAUUGUAAAUUAUGGAGAAUAUACAAGUAAUUACCCAAGAUUUUGUGAACGUGCAUAUCACGAAAUCUGACGCUGAUACCGGAGCGCCAGUCGAGAGGCGUUUCAAAAAAGGAAUAACCGUCUCCGAGUUUAAGACAAAGCUAGAACUUGUUACUGGAGGCAAUGCUACCACAAUGAAACUGAAGUUGUUUGACAGUAAAAACAAUUAUGUUUGUGACAUUGACAACGACAAUGCCCUGAUCGGGUCCUACCCAAUUGACGAUGGAAUGAGAAUUCAUGUGGAGGACAAAUUUGCAUUGCUCAGUGAUGUUAGUUCAUCAGAUAGUGCAGAAAGAUUUCGUUUGUCAGAAGAGGAGUAUGAGAAGAAAGGAGACACAGUGCGCUCAUUCCUGCAGCGUAACAGGCUUGGCAAGUACAAUGAGGAGGAGAUGGCUAAAAUGAAAGAGCAGCAGGAGAAGGAACUGGAGGAGGAAGCAAGUCUGGCAGCUGCGGUGCUUGUAGGCGCGCGUUGCGAAGUGCGCGUGCCGUCGCAGGGCGUACGGCGGGCGACAGUGCGGUACAACGGGCCGCUAGAGGGCGCUAAAGGAUUGUGGAUCGGCGUGCAGUAUGACGAGCCGAGAGGCAAGAACGACGGAGAGGUGAACGGCAAGCGGUACUUCACUUGCCCUCCGAAAUACGGCGGCUUCGUCAAGCCAACAUACGUCACAGUCGGCGACUUUCCCGAAGAGGAAUUUGAUCUCGACGAUGAGAUAUGAUCGCGAUCACUGAAAACGCUCAUUCUUUUUAUAAAUUAACGUAAACCUCUGCAUUCGUCAAAUUUAUCUUCGCGAUGUACGGAAAUUGCAAAAUUGCAUAGACACAGAAAGGAAUUUGUUCUUAGUUUGUCCAUGCAAUAUUACAGCUCGCUGUACAGUCAACAGCAAACGUUGCUAAGCAUAUGGAAUUUUCAAUAAUUGCUCUCUUAACUUUGUGUGCGAAAACUGCUUAGCUAUUUAUGCUGCGAACUGUGCACUUAUGUGAUAGAUUUGAUGUUUUAUUUAAUGCUUGCAUUUAUUUUUCAUACUUAUAGCUUGCGGGCAAGUUAACUCACGACUCAUAAGUUUGCAAGACGCAAAUUGACUAAUGGAGUGAGGUUUUUGUAUUAUUUAAUAGUGUACUAAAAUUAUGAUAUUUUAAAAUAAUGAAACAAUAUUUUGCGCUCACCUUAAAAAUAUACAGUAAAUUACUUGAUUUCAAAUAAUUCUUAUAAUACGCAUUACACUAAACGAUUUUUCGCUCAUAGGGUUUUCCGUCCGGAUCUAACUUCUGUAGUAUGGAUGAAUUUCCGUACAAUUUGGAUCCAAAUUGAAAAUAUGUAUAUGAGAACUUGUGGGGGCACCUUCGUGCAUUUUAAGAAUAUUUUUACUCUAUCCAACCACAUUAAUUUGAUAGAAUCUUUUCUAUCGUAUUUAUGAAGGAACGGACCAUAGCACUUUGUUGAAUUAGGUACUUAUAUCCAUGUUACUAUAAGAACAAAUUAAAUUAUUUUCUAUGAAAAUAUUUUAAUUUGUGUUUUUUCAACACUGGAGGCUUUGGUAAUUUUUUCCUUCGUAUAUGACAUUUAUUUCAGUAUAUCCAUGUUAUUUUUUAAUUAAACAAAAAAAAUGGCGUUUUGUAAAAAAAGUUGAUUUUGUACGUAUUUCUUUAGUCUCUAAAGAAUUUUUGAUUCAUUGUUAACAAUCAUCUUAAAAAUCCAUUCCACGAGGUCGAGACAUAUCUUUUAAAUUAUACUCGCUUAACAUUAUGUAAUUUGUAAAUUCGCUUUGUAAUGUUUAAUUUAUAAAGCACUAUUUUUUAAAAUAAAUAAAAUACUAAAA